GCAAACAGUUCUUUGCAGCAGAAGCAGAAGUGCAGUUGCUGAGAGUACUAUGGACUACACAAACGCAACCACAACACAACAUAUUACCGGAGCAAAGGCGUACAUCCUGUCGAGUCCUUUCUAUAUUAGUUUGAUCGGUGCAUUGCUGGCGUUAGCGCUCUAUGAUAUUUGGUUUCGUAAUACCGAUGCUUAUAAGAAGCUGAAAGGUAUACCGGGACCGCCGGUGCUGCCGCUGAUUGGCAAUGCGCAUUUAGUGUUGGGCCUUACGCCCACAGAAAUGGUGCUGAAAGGAAUACGAUACUUGCAUUACUAUGGCGAGACCAUCAGCGGUUGUUUCUUCAAUUUCAUGGUAGUCUUUCUGACAAAUCCUGCCGACUUUGAAAUCAUACUCAACAGUUCCGUACAUUUGGAAAAAUCCAAUGAGUAUAGAUUCUUUCAACCUUGGUUCGGUGAUGGUCUUCUCAUCAGCAAGGGCGACCAUUGGCGCCUACAUCGCAAAAUGAUAGUGCCCACCUUUCAUCAGAGCAUUUUGAAGAGCUUUGUGCCGGCAUUUGUGCAGCACUCGAAAAAAAUCGCCAAUCGAUUAGAGGCAAAAUAUCUGGGACGUGAGUUCGAUGUGCACGAGCAUAUGAGUCAGACUACGGUGGAGAUACUGCUUAACACUGCGAUGGGCAUGAAACAGUUACCCGCUGGCAGGGAAUGUGCUCGCUAUGCAGAGGCAGUGUUGGAAAUGUGCGAUAUCAUACAGAAACGCCAGGUCAAAGCGCAUUAUCGUUUCGAUUUCGUUUAUCAAUGGACGCAACUGCGCAAGCGUUGCGAUAAAAUGAUGAGCAUUAUCUUCGCAUUAACGAGGCGUGUCAUCGCGGAGCGGCGUGAACUUUUCAAUAUGGAAACAGAUGGCGUGCUGGAUCAACAGGAUGGACUAAAUGCGCGGGCAAGUGGUAGGGAGAAGGACGGACUCCGUGACGAUUUGGAUGAAAUCGAUGAAGAGAAUGAUGUGGGUGCUAAACGUCGUUUGGCUUUCUUGGAUGCGAUGGUGGAGAUGACAAAGAAUCCGGAUAUUGUGUGGACAGAGAAGGAUGUGAUGGAUGAAGUGAAUACGAUUAUGUUUGAGGGUCACGACACCACCUCAGCCGGUUCCAGUUUCGUGCUCUCACUGCUCGGCAUACAUAAAGAUGUGCAAGCACGAGUUUACGAGGAGCAAAAACAAAUAUUCGCCGAUGACCUAACGCGCGAUUGCACCUUUGCCGAUACAAUGGAAAUGCAGUAUUUGGAACGGGUGAUUAAAGAAACGCUACGUCUCUACCCACCAGUACCGGCAAUAGGGCGUAAAGUUAAUGAAGAUGUACGACUAGCCUCCGGCCCAUACACUAUACCGAAGGGUGCGACAGUUGUGCUGGUCAACUAUGCUGUGCAUCGGCGACCCGAUUGCUAUGAGAAUCCGGAAAAAUUCGAUCCGGAUAACUUUUUGCCGGAAAAAGUGUCGAAACGCCAUUACUACAGUUAUGUACCGUUCAGUGCGGGUCCACGCAGUUGUGUGGGACGUAAAUAUGCCAUGUUAAUGCUGAAAGUUUUACUCUCGACGCUUGUGCGUCAAUUUGAAAUACACUCGAAUGUGGAUGAGACACAAUUUGUAUUGCAAGGUGAUAUCAUUUUGAAAUUGGCUAAUGGUUUCAAGGUUGUGCUGACCAGACGUGAGGUGUGAGGAGCGCAAAAAAAAAAAUGAUUUUAAUUUAUUGCCAACUUUAUAAAUAAUCAUGUCGAUCUUAGUUGUCCUUGAAUUGUAUAUAAAUAUGGUUUGCAUUUUUUAGUGGUCUAUA